UCCACCAAAGAACAUGGAUGAAAAUGAAAGCAACCAGUUCCUGGUGGCAAGCAGCCAGUAUCCUAAAGAAGUAGUAAGAAAACGCCAAAAUUCAGCUCGGAAUUCUAGAGGAAGUGAUUCUUCAAGAUUGUCCAGGAAAAGCUUCAAACUGGAUUACAGAUUAGAGGAAGAUGUAACUAAAUCAAAGAAAGGAAAAGAUGGAAGAUUUGUUAACCCUUGGCCAACAUGGAAAAGUCCCUCUAUUCUAAAUGCUCUCAAGUGGCUGGUAAUGGAAAAAGAUCACAGCAGUGUUCCUUGUUCCAAAGAGGAACUUGAUAAAGAACUCCCUGUGCUUACACCGUAUUUUAUUGAUGAACCUGAGCAAGCUGGAGUGAGGGAAGCUGGCUUGAGAGUGACAUGGCUAGGACAUGCAACAGUAAUGGUGGAAAUGGAUGAACUCAUAUUUCUCACUGACCCCGUCUUCAGCCAUCGUGCGUCUCCAUCGCAGUGCGUGGGUCCAAAACGCUUUCGUCACCCUCCAUGCACAAUAAGUGACCUCCCCCGGAUAGACGCGGUUGUUAUCAGUCACAACCACUACGACCACCUGGACUACAAUUCUGUCAUUGCUCUGAAUGAGCGAUUCGGUAAUGAGUUGAGGUGGUUUGUGCCUUUGGGACUCCUUGACUGGAUGCAAAAAUGUGGCUGUGAGGAUGUGAUUGAGCUGGACUGGUGGGAGGAGAAUUGUGUUCCCAGUCAUGAUAAUGUCACUUUUGUCUUUACACCUUCCCAGCACUGGUGUAAGAGGACUCUAAUGGAUGACAAUAAGGUUCUGUGGGGCAGCUGGUCUGUCUUGGGGCCUUGGAAUAGAUUUUUUUUUGCAGGAGAUACUGGUUAUUGCACUGCUUUUGAAGAGAUAGGAAAAAGAUUUGGACCUUUUGACCUUGCAGCUAUUCCCAUUGGAGCUUAUGAGCCAAGGUGGAUUAUGAAAUACCAGCAUGUAGACCCAGAAGAAGCUGUCAGGAUUCACAUUGAUGUUCAAACAAAGAAAUCGGUGGCAAUUCACUGGGGAACUUUUGCCUUAGCAAAUGAGCAUUACUUAGAGCCGCGAGUGAAACUACAUGAAGCUCUAGAAAGAUACGGACUUAACACUGAAGAUUUUUUUGUCUUGAACCAUGGAGAAUCAAGAUACCUAAAUACUGACAGUGAAAGCUUUGAAUAAAUAUGAGUAUAAGGGCUUUUAAUGAAAAAGGUCUCCUCUGAUUUGAAUUUGAAAAACAAAUAAAAAGACUAAGAAAUUCAUCAGCAUUAUGAUCUUUUACAUUUGGAAACAACUUCUACAAGAUUAUGUUUGGUGUCUUGUAUAAUAACUUACUUGCUUGAAUGAUUGCCAGUUUAUAUAAACAAAUGAAGAAGGUGGGUGGGUCAUUUAAAUAAUGAAUUAGCUAAUGUGGAGUCUAAAUCUUCUUUCAAUGAUAUAAGCAUUACAACAGAAAUUUCUUUACUAAAGCAUUCUACUUUAGUUGUAAUAGAAUUUUCUGAGGUUAUGAAAAACUGAUAUUAAAGACUCA